AUGGUGAAUUUGACAGCGACCCUCGCAUCACUCAUAGCGGCGAAUCACAUACUUGACUAUCUCGAUGUGCUUGACCCAUUCGGCCAUAUCAGCGUGCGUAAUCCCAACAACAACAACACUUUCUUCAUCGCUCUCCAAAUGGGCGCCGGUGUCGUUUCAAGUUUACAGGAUAUUGGAGAAUACCUCAUUUUGGACGGCUCGGGCGUUAAUGGCACAGAAAGUGGAUAUGCGGAGCGAUAUAUCCACAGUGAGGUGUUGAAGAGAUACCCGGAUGUCAACGCAGUUGUGCAUAGCCACAAUGAGGAUGUAUUGCCAUAUACGAUAACUGGAAGCGUGAGCCUUGAGCCGACAUAUCACAUGGCUGGUUUCUUAGGGAACCAUGUCCCUAACUUUGACAUCCAGUCCGUAUAUAACGGUACCGACCCGCAAGAUAUGCUAGUCAACACUCCUCGUCUUGGUGCGGCCCUUGCUGCUGUCUUGGGAACUAAUACUUCGAGACCGACUUCGCCGCUUUACACUACAGCAUUACAGCGAGGUCAUGGCUUUAUCACGACAGGAAGCUCAAUCGAACAGGUAACUGAGUUCGCGUACUACGCUACGAGUAGUGCACGGGUGCAAACCCGAGCAAUUAGUCUGCUCUCGAGUUCAGGAAUGGGCUCUCAGAACCCGCAGUAUCUUUCUGUUGACGAGCGAAAAGAUUCUAAGGACAUGAACAUCUGGAUUAGGUACAAGCCGUGGAGGCAGUGGGUGUAUCAGUCUGAGCGCAGCGGGAUGUAUAGAAACGGACUGGGGUCGCCACCGGUCUAG